CUCUCAAUCGCAACUCAUAUCUAACCACCACAAAUAGGCCCUCAAUAAUCGUAUCCUAACCCCCCAGCGUGUUUUGCCCAAGCAUCCUACCCACUCCAUAGAAUUGUUAAACGCCCCCCGGCCACAGCACGCAAUGGCGACAGACUCUCCCAGCUUCGGCACAAUCCCGCAGAACGCGCCAGGGAAGCCGGAACCCUUCACCCUCCGCGUCUCGGACGAGGACCUAGCCGACUUCCGCUCGCUCCUCCGCCUCUCCAAGGUCGGCCCAGCGACGUGGGAGAACGGCCGCGGCGACGGCAGCCUCGGGGUCACGCGCGACUGGCUCGCGGGCGCCAAGGACGCCUGGCUGGACAGCUUCGAUUGGCGCACGCACGAGGCGCACAUCAACUCGUUCCCCAACUUCAAGCUGGCCGUCCAGGACGCCGAGUGCGGUGGCGAGCUGGACGUGCACUUCGCAGCGCUGUUCUCGGCCCGCCCCGACGCCACACCCGUCAUCUUCAUGCACGGCUGGCCAGGGUCGUUCCUCGAGUUCCUGCCGAUCCUCGACCUGCUGCGCCAGAGGUACACGCCUGAGACGCUGCCGUUCCAUGCUGUCGUCCCAUCGCUGCCCGGCUAUACGCUGUCGUCGGGCCCGCCUGUUGACAGGGACUUUACGCUGCGGGACGCCGCGCGGGUGUUGAAUCGGCUGAUGGUCGACCUCGGGUUUGGUGGCGGAUACGUCGCGCAGGGCGGGGAUGUCGGCUAUUUCUUGGCGAGGAUCAUGUCGGCCACGUAUGAUGAGUGCAAGGCGUUGCAUGUCAACUUUCUGUUCCCCGGUGCUGGGGACAUGCCGAAGACAUACGAAGGCCUUUCCGAGCAGGAUGUUCGUCAUAUUGAACGGACGAAGCAUUGGCGAGCUACCGGCAGCGCAUAUUCCUUGGAACAUGGCACCCGCCCUGCGACCAUCGGCUUGGUCUUGUCUUCGAGCCCACUUGCUCUGCUGGCUUGGAUCGGCGAGAAGCUCCUCGAGUGGGUGGAUGAGCCCCUGCCGCUUGACACUAUCCUACGCAUGGUCAGCCUCUACUGGUUUACGUCAACCUUUCCAAGGUGCAUCUACCCAUACAGGAGCAUACUUGCAAGCCACACCAAACCCCUUCCGAUUUCCAGGGAGAAGCCGCUGGGAUACUCGUAUUUCCCACAAGAGCUGGCCGGCCUGCCCGAAGCCUGGGACUCGCUGUUUCCAAAUCUGAAAUUCCGCUCCAGUCAUAGCAAGGGCGGGCAUUUUGCUGCUUUGGAACAGCCUGAGGCGCUCUUGGGAGACGUGGAGAAGUUUGUGAAGCUCGUUGGGCCUAUUCAGGGGACAGCCUCUGAGUGAUCAUUGCUGUUCUUGUGGAUGAAGGAUAAUCCCAACUUGGAACUAUCAAAAUAAUGACGAGGCCAAUUUCUACCACUGAGAUUGCAUUGGAUCAGUAUGUAAUUAGGCAAAGCAUAAUUAACUAC